AUUACAGCUCAAAUAUGACGUUAUCUUAUUUGUGGAAGUUUUAAGAUGAACUGUCUUUACGACAUACCUACUCUCGGUCAAAAUGGCUGGCAGGAUUUUGCAGGCUGGAGUUGAAAGCAUGAUAUCUAAGUUUUCAAGAUUGGCUGUACAGAGUUUACAAGCAGUGCCAGCCCAGGGUCAUCGCUGUAUUCACACCCAUAUAUCACCAUUACUUUUUCAUGCAUCACAACAGUUGUGGGCUGAACCAAUGAAAAAGAAGAGAAAGCUGGAUCCAGCUAUUGCCCAAGCACGUGAAAUGAAGCGAAGAAAGAAAAUUGAGAAACAAAUGAAACGACUGGAAAAGUAUGGCCGGAGACUAAAACCUAUUGAUGAAAUAGAGGGGGAACCCAAAUUGAAGAGAGAACUCACGUUACGUGCACGAGAACUCCCUCCCUUAACACAAGAAGAAACAGAAUCCCAUGCUUUGCUUCAGAAACAGUGGGCAAGGUACAAAUUCAGACAGUUUGUACAAGAGGUUCAUGCAAUCAGUUCUAUCCUUCAAGAACAGGAUAGAGCACUUGAAGAGCUGAGGUUUGAAUCUCCAGAACUUUACCAGAUGGCUAUUCAGGUUGAUGACAAAUUGAUACCUUUUUCAUUUAAAGGACCAACAAAAACACCACCUAUUAAAGGGUAUGAGGCACAAGAUGGAGAAUACAUUGAUACAACAAAGACAUUUGACUAGACAAAGAGUAGCAUAGAUGACUGUAAAAUAUGUGGAUUUAUAAAGCUGUUUUUCUUGCUUC